UACUCAUCACGGGUGAUGGAAAAUCCACCACCUACCCGGGUGAAACCUCCCCAGCUGGAUGACUUUUGCCGCAUUUGUAUGCUGCGAAAGCCUUCGCUCCGUCCGCUGGCGGUCCCGCUCUCCGGCGUAAUGGUUCCGGAGAUGUUGUACAAGGUAACCGGCACGAUGCUCAACUUGCAGGAACAGCUGCCGCGGGUCAUUUGCGAGCGGUGCCUCGUGAAGCUUGAGCUAGCGUUCAGCGUCGCCGAAGAGUUCCGCCGGCAGGAGGAGAAGCUACGACUGUUUUGGUUUAAGGGGGGUGUGCUAGUGGAUGAGUUGGUGGCGUACCAGCGGACGGAGGAGUCACGGGUGAAGGGGCACUCGGAGGAAGUUAUAGAGAGGUUGACGGUUGGCCGAUUGGAUCCGGUUGACAAUGAUACGAUUCUUAAGCAAGACCUGGAAGUAAAACAAGAAGCAUCGGAAUUUUGUAUUGAGAUCCUGUCGGAUGAUUCUGCGGACGAACAGCAGCAACCCGAUGUUGGCGACCCUCCGUCCCCAGCGGAAUCCGAACUGGAACAGGACGAUAAUGUCAACGAUUCGGAUUACGUACCUGAUGACAUGGUCCAGCUCGAUGAGGACGGUUACUCCGACUCUUCGCAUGCCGAUGUACCGAGACUUGGAAAAGAGGCAACGAAAUGUCCGGUGUGCAGUAAAGAGUUUAGUACGACGUUGUCUUUGAAGCGCCAUUACAGACGGCACGUUAUCCGAGCGAAAGAGAAAUUCAAAUGCACAAAGUGCGAUAAAGCAUUAGCAUCCCAACAAGAGCUGGAACUCCAUCAAUUGUCUCACUCAAACCCAUUCAAGUCCCAACCACGCCUGCGAGCGCAUCAGAAGAUUCACGAGCAGCGGAAGGUUCCGUUGCCGUCUCCAUCCUUUACCGGAAAGAAGAAAUUUUGGUCCUGGUGCAAGUUUUGUGGGAAGGGCUUUGGCCGGGAAGAUCGUUUAGAGCAGCACGAAGCAACGCACGAAAAAGGGCGGUCCGACGGAAACGCCCCGGUAAACGUUUAUCACAAGUUGGAGCAAAUACUUGCGAAGCAGAGACAAAAGCAGCAAAUGGAGUGCGAGUUUUGUCCAAGGACACUCCGGAACGAAACUGAACUGGCGCAACACUUGGAAAAGCGUCAUAACGACCAGUUGUACGAAAAGUCUGACAACGCUGACGGUCGCCUAAAAUGCUCCAGAUGUGGACGAACAUUCGAGAACGAUUAUAAAUUCGGGAUGCACAUGAAGAAGCACGCAAACGUUGACAGUGGUAAAUUCAAGUGCGUUAAUUGUGACCACGCAUUCGGAACCAAAUUCGAACUGCUGAGACACAUGCUCCGGUACGAAAAACAAUCGGAGUGGCAAAAGGCUUGUGAGAAGAUGACGCCCCCGCUCACGAUCGACACAGGCGGAAAACCCUUCUUCAAGUGCCCCGUCUGUGACAACGUGUUCGUCUCGCGAUCGAACUACUUCCAGCACGCGCAGACUCACACCGAGGGCUGGCCGAAAGCGCAAAGAAAGUCCAACUCGGUUGGGAAAGCAGAGUCAUCAGGCGCCACGACGGUUCUGUUUUCGUCGCAGGAGAGCUACGAAAUCCAUCUGCAGCAGGGACAUCGGGACGAAGGAGCACCUGGAGAGCCGGCCAACCAAGAAUCUGACCAUCCCUCCGAUCUACCCAUCAUUCGAGAAGUGGCGGGUUCUUACGUCAAGGAGGAAGUACCUAUCGAAGAAAGUCACACUGCUCACGAGAUCCUCCCAAUGGCUGAGUAUGAGCGGGAACCGCCGAAACCGGAGCAAAUCGUUAACAAAAUGGAAACCGAUCACGACGAGGUCGAUAACCUAGGUUCAGAAUAUGCGACCGAGUUUAGCAUCGAAAUGCUGUCGGAUGAUUCGGACGAUGAAGCGCUCGAACCGCCCACCAGUGGCGCCGAGUCCACGUCCAAAUCAUGGAAGUGCAACAUCUGUGGCAUUGUAAUCAACACGACAACGGACGCUUCCGUCACGAGGCACAUGCUGAUGCACGAAAACAUCCAGAAUGGGGCGUACGAGUGUGAAGUUUGUAACAAGCGAUAUGGUUUCAACCCGGGCCUUCAGCAGCAUAGACGAAUUGUUCACAAUUUGAAGCCACAAGCGUCGGAUGAUUCCUUUGAGUGUGAGCAGUGUAAGAAGUACAUCAAGAAGACUAAGUACACCUUUCAUCUCAGUUGUCAUAGAAAUAUUAAGUUGCGUACUAUCGUGUGCGAAAAGUGUGAUAAGGCGUUUGGCGCGAAGCAAUAUCUGCAGAGCCACAUGAUGACAAGAGCGUGCGAAAAAAUCAGCCGAAGUCAGAGCCGGAACACGCUGUAGAUGGUGCAUUGGAGGAGGGCUCUCACAGGGAGUUUAUUGCCGUGCAAUAAACUGCAUUACCAAGAAUUCCAUACAAGGUUAAUGCAAAGUUGAAUAUUCCCAAGCAAAAUUUACUUGAGGAUACCGUGGAGAUUUUCCCUUAACCUCUUAAAAAAGUGGUGCAUCAAUCAAUGCAAUUCUGAAACGAAAUUCAAUUGGCCUAACGACAUGCGACACCUACGUGGUGAUUAUUGCAUUCGAUUGUAAUUACGAUCGUUAUUU